UGCGCCCCCUCCCUUCCCGUAUCAUGGUUCCUUUUGGACGUCACCACAUCAAAAAAUCAACACAAGAUGUCAAAACGGCCAAAACUGUCAGGUGCCCAGGGAAGAAAAAAGAGAAAAGAAGAGGAGGAGAAACGAGAAAAAGACAGAGAUGCACUGUUGAAGUUUCUAAAUCCCACCCCUGGGCCAUCUACCACAUCUACCGCUGCUGCCUCCACUUCAGCAGCACAACCCACCAGUGAUGCAGCAUCAGCAGCACAACCCAGCCAUGAUGCAGCAGCAUCAAGCGGUCUUCCUGUUGCCUCCACCUCAGCAGCACAACCCAGCAGUGAUGCAGCAGCAUCAAGCGGUCUUCCUGUUGCCUCCACCUCAGCAGCACAACCCACCAGUUUUGCAGCAGCAUCAAGCGGUGUUCCUGUUGCCUCCACCUCAGCAGCACAACCCAGCAGUGAUGCAGCAGCAUCAAGCGGUCCUCCUGCUGCACCAAUAGACCCUGCUGACUGGCCUUCUGCUUUAACUGAAAAGCUAGAUGUGGCUGUCGACUUGCUGAAGAAAACCAAAGAUUCCCUCACCAGCUACAGAAACACUGGAUUUUCUGAUGCACAGACAACAGCAAAGGAGAUGUGUGAAGAAAUGAAUGUGGAGGCUGAACUCAAACAAAAGCGAUUGAGAACCACCAAAAGGCACUUCGGUUAUGAGUCUCCAGAUCAGCCCAUACAAGAUGCACUUAAAAAAAUGGAAACCACAUUUUUUAAUGUGGUAGUGGAUACAGCCAUCUCUUCACUUGAUGAGAGAUUUCAGAACCGUAGAGAGGUGAAUGAUAAGUUUGGAGUACUCCUCAAUUUCCACAACUUACAAAAAGAAGAGCUGCUACAGCAGUGCCAAACACUGAGUACUACUCUGACCCAUGACAGCCAGCCGGACAUUAAUGGCACAGAACUUGCAACGGAAAUGCAGAAUUUCCCACCAUUGCCAUCAAAGAACAUGACAAACAUGGAACUCUUGACCUUCCUGCAUGAGAAGAAGCUGGCAGAAAUUUACCCCAACAUGUGGGUUGCUCUGAGAAUCUUUGCCACUCUUCCUGUUACAGUGGCUGCUCCUGAAAGAAGCUUCUCGAAACUCAAACUCAUUAAAACCUACCUGAGAUCUACUAUGAUGCAAGAACGUCUCAGUGGACUUUCCAUCAUAAGCAUAAAUCAUGUGGUCUCAAAUCAGUUGUCAUAUGAUGAUGUUGUAGAUGACUUUGCUGCAAGAAAGACUAGGAGAGUAAGGCUGUAGCAGGUGAUGUGAGGUUGAUGAGGGGGUGGUGUACAGUAAUUUGUAAGUCAUUCUAGUUAAUGCAGUAUUAAAAAGCACAACUAGAGAACUCUGUAGGAUCCCCUUUUUGUAAUAUAGUUGUUAAAGUCAUACUGGUUUAUUUAAUAUCU